UGCUGUUCCAUCCUCUGAAUGUAGUUAGUCUUGGUUAAUAUUUGCCCUACCUUUCCGAGUAAACAAGACAAAUUAUCUCUCCACUCUUAGGACCAGAAUAGUUUCCUCACUGAGGUUAAUCAUUUAACACAGCAGGUGGAUGUGGAAAGAAUGCAUGCAGACUUAGAAAAUCACUAAAAGGAACACAGGGCCAGAGGUCAGGGAUUCUGCAUUCCAGUCAAGGAAAUGGUUGCUGUAAGGCUUGGUGCUACCAGGGAUGGAGAGAAGGACCCUCCAGAGGCUGAAAGCUGUUUCACAGUUUUCUUUGUUCAACGGGAGAAGCAAGAGUGUUGGAGCCUGGGGGUGCUGGAGUUCACUGCCCCUCCCAACUCUCAGCUGGCAGGACGCUGGGUCAGUGCCCUACAGAGCUGGAUACAUCACCACGGAGUUACACGACCCAAGAGCCUCCUUGUCUUCAUCAACCCGGUUGGGGGACGCGGGCGAGCAGUGGAAAUCUACCAGGGUCAGGUGGCUCCACUCUUCACCCUUGCUGGGAUCCAUGUUCAAGUUCUGGAGACCUGCCAUGCCAACGAGGCUCGUGACUACAUCCUGCAGCAAGACCUCAGUGACUUUGAUGGACUGGUGAGCGUGGGGGGCGAUGGAACCUUUAAUGAGCUCAUGCACGCCUUGAUUGACCGGACACAGCAAAAAGCAGGAGGAUCAGAGAAUGACAUUGACACAGAACUCUUGUCCCCAAGGCUUCGUAUUGGCAUCAUACCCGCAGGUUCUACAGACUGCAUCUGUUUUGCAACUGUGGGAACAAAUGACCCCAUCACCUCUGCUCUGCACAUUGUUAUAGGGGACAGCCAACCUAUGGAUGUCUGCAGCAUUUGGCACAAUGGAAAGCUUCUCCGUUAUUCAGUCUCACUGGUUGGCUAUGGCUUCUAUGGGGAUGUAGUGAGCACCAGUGAGAAGUACCGCUGGAUGGGCCCGCUGCGCUACACCUAUGCCGGAGCCAAGGCACUGCUGAGGAACUGCAGCUAUGAAGGCACAGUGGAAUUCCAAGUGGCCAGAACAGAGGAGGCAAACCCAAGGGACCAAACACGCUGCCGCUCUGGGUGUGUGGUCUGUUCAGAGUCUAGCAAACAGCUACCGGAUGGGACAGAGGAAGAAAACCUUUCAGAACUGGAGCAGCACAUAGAUGGCGAAUGGCAGCAGGUUCAGGGUCGUUUCCUAGCCGUCAACUUGACCUGCAUGAGCAGUGCCUGCCCCAAGAGCCCUGAGGGACUCUCACCCUGUGCUCAUCUGGCCGACGGUACGGCAGACCUCAUCCUGGUACAUGAAUGCUCGACGCUCUCCUUCUUGCGACACUUGACUCGGCACACCAAUUGCUCAGACCAGUUUGACCUGCCUUUUGUGAGUGUGUACCGGGUCCGGGCUAUUCGUUUCACCUCAAAAGUGGAAGACCACACGGAUGGAGAACCAGUUGUACGACAACGCAAGGGGCUGUGUGUGGGGCUGUGUCAGGAAGAACCACCCAGCAGCUGCUGGACCUGCGACGGUGAGACCCUGCAACAUACCGACAUCAGUGUCAGAGUCCAUGGGAGGCUCAUCCAUCUCUUUGCCCGGGGCAUCGAACAGGCACCCUGUAGGCUUCCUGCUGACCCAAGAGAGGGUCAAAGCUCAAUGACAGCACAGCCUGUGACUGCUGCUAAGAAUCUACAAGGCCAUGAACACUGAGGAGCCACUGCCUAACCAUUGUUGGGGAAUAAAUUCCAGACUGGUGUCUCAGAACCUAUGAGUAAUAGGGCAGCUCCAGAGA